CUCUCUCUCUCUCUCUCUCUCUCUCUCUCUCUGCAACUCAAACCCCUAAUAACCUCUCUCGCCAGUUUUCUCCGAAAGGUAUCAUCAAUCAGUCGAUUAAUCCAAUGGGGAAGAACACGAAGAAAGAGAGGAUAGAUGGAGAAGAGAAAUCUCAACACUCUGCUGCCACUGUGUGCGUCUCUGGCUUGCCUUAUUCCUUCACCAACGCUCAGCUCGAAGAAGCCUUUAGCGACGUUGGUCCCGUCAGGCUUUGCUUCAUGGUCACAAACAAAGGAUCAAACGAACAUCGUGGCUUUGCUUUUGUUAAAUUUGCUUUGCCAGAAGAUGCUAACCGUGCCAUUGAGCUGAAGAACGGUUCUACUGUUGGCGGCCGUAGGAUUACAGUUAAACAGGCCACGCACAGGCCUUCUCUUAAAGAGCGUCGUACUAAAGCAGCCCAAGGAGUCUCGUUACCUGAUAGUUCCCAGGCCGAGAGUGACGACAAGGACAGUUUGGUCCCUGAGACUGAGACUGAGACAGACAAGCAAGUUCCUCCACCUGAGAAGAAAAUAGAGAAGCCAGUUGAGCGCAAAAAACCAACAAAGCUUCUUGUUGAUUUAGCUGAUAAAGAGACAUGUUCAGACAAGCAAAGAGUUGCAAGAACUGUAAUCUUUGGUGGCCUUGUUAAUGCUGAGAUGGCAGAGGCAGUGCAUAGCCGUGUCAAAAAGAUUGGCACUGUGUGCUCCGUCAGAUAUCCUCUUCCCAAGGAGGAGCUUCAACAAAAUGGUCUUACCCAGGACGGAUGCAGGGCAGAAGCAUCAGCCGUUAUCUUUACGAGUGUCAAAUCUGCUUGUGCUGCUGUUGCAACACUACAUCAGACAGAGAUAAAGGGAAAUCUCAUUUGGGCGCGUCAGCUCGGUGGGGAGGGGUCAAAGGCUCAGAAGUGGAAGCUUAUUAUCCGAAAUCUUCCUUUCAAGGCUAAACCUAGUGAAAUUAAAGAGGUCUUUUCAGCAGUAGGGUUUGUCUGGGAUGUUUUUGUUCCUAAAAAUAUUGAAACUGGGCUACCUAAGGGGUUUGCAUUUGUCAAAUUCACGUGUAAGAGAGAUGCAGAAAAUGCAAUACAAAAGUUCAACGGGCACAUGUUCAGUAAAAGACCUAUAGCUGUAGACUGGGCUGUACCUAAGAAUCUCUAUAAUGGUGCCGCUGAUGCCGCCACUGCUCCAGAAGAUGGUGAAAAAGAUGGAAGUGAUGGGGACAGUGAUAAUAGUAGUGUUGAUUUGGAGGAGGUUGAUGAUGCUGUUGAGAGCCACCAAUCUUCAGGAGAUGAUACUGAUAAUGAUGAGGAGGACGGCAAUAACAAACCGAGUGAAUCAGAUGCACUGGUGAAAGAUGCUGAGACCGAUGUGAAUUUUGAAGAGGAGGCCGAUGUUGCGAGAAAGGUGCUUAAGAACUUGCUUGGGUCUUCAAAAGUAACUAUUGCUUCUCAUGACGGAGAGACAAAGGAGUCAGAUAUAAACAACAUAGUCGAGGAUUCGUCAACUAAGCCUGCCGUUGAAUCUUCUGGUGUCUCUGAACCUUUGAAAUCCAGUAAAACCAAAGAGGCGGCUCCUAAAGAAACGCAGGAAAAUGAUGAUUUUAAGAGAACUGUAUUUAUAAGCAACAUCCCGUUUGAUGUUAGCAAGGAGGAAGUCACACAGAGGUUUGCCGCAUUUGGGCAUGUUGAAUCUUUGUUCCUGGUACUCCACCCAGUCACAAAACGACCAAAAGGGACCGCUUUUCUCAAGUUCAAAACAGCAGAUGCAUCAGAUGCAGCCAUUUCAGCUGCCAGUACUGCAUCAGGUGUUGGUGUCCUUCUUAAAGGAAGGCAACUGAGCGUUAUGAGGGCUGUGGAUAAGAAAUCUGCGAAGGACAUAGGACUGGAAAAGACAAAGGAGAAGAACAUUGACCAUCGGAAUCUUUAUCUUGCUAAGGAAGGUCAGAUCCUUGAAGGUACACCUGCUGCUGAGGGUGUGUCUGCAGAAGAUAUGGACAGGCGACGAAGAUUGCAUGAAAACAAGAUGAAAAAGCUUCAGUCUCCUAACUUCCAUGUAUCUAAAACGAGGAUUGUAAUUUAUAAUUUACCAAAGUCCAUGGAUGAAAAGCAACUACAGAAGCUCUUAGUCGAUGCUGUUACCUCCCGAGCUACAAAGCAGAAGCCAACCAUCCGACAGAUCAAGUUCUUACAAAAUGAGAAGAAGGGUAAAGUUGAUACGAAGAACUACUCACGUGGAGUUGCGUUUGUGGAGUUCACCGAGCCUGACCAUGCUCUUGUGGCCCUGAGAGUACUUAACAACAAUCCUGAGACGUUUGGCCCUCAACACCGUCCCGUUAUAGAAUUUGCUGUUGAUAACGUCCAGAAGCUGAAGGUACACAAAGCUAACCAGCAGCAGCAACGCAAUAGAUACAAUGAAUCUAAGGAGCAGCGGGAGAACGGCGAAGCGCAGGGAGAGGACAAUCAUCCUGGCAAUGAUUUAAAACGAAGAACGAGGGAUGGGGGUAACACUGGUUCAGUGGAAGAGAAUGCAAACGGGUUUAAGAAGAAGAAACCUAUGCGCCCACGUGAACAGAGGAAAGAAGAGUCAAAACCAGAGGAGAAGAGCAGUCUCUCAGUGAAAGAAGAUGGAGGGAACAAGAGGCCUACACGCACUCAAGGAAACACUAAAGAACCCGCUUCAAACCAGAGAGGCCAAUGGAAGAAGAGACAGCAAGAGGCUUCUGAGAAACCUGAUGAGAAGAAGAUAUCCAAAGAUGUGAGCGAUGCGCCAAGAAAGAGAAAGUUUGAGGAGGUUAGAGGCGGAGAGAAUGUAAACGGGCAAAGGAAGAGAAAGAAUCAGAACGAGAAGAAGAAGAAGCAAGGUGGACCGCCCGAGGUUCUGGACAAGCUCGAUAUGCUGAUCGAGCAGUACAGGUCUAAGUUCACUCAGAGCUCAGCCAAAACCGGUCCACAGAAACAAAGUUCCGGUCAAGUCAGGAGAUGGUUCCAGUCCUGAGACUUGUAAUGUCAGUUUUGACUUUCAAAUGUUGCAUGAUUAACGUUUUGUUUUUCUUGAUUCUGUCUGAAAAUUCUCCGUAAUCAUUAUUUCCUGUUGCAAAAACAAGUUUUUGUUUUGUA